ACGCCCCCUUUAGGAAAGUCAUGGGAGUGCCAAAACAAAGGGCAGGACAAGGGAACAAGAUGGGAGACAGCUUUAAGGAGCAGUUAGGGACAGACAGCUGGUUCCUGAAGUCGGACCGGCGCCUGGACACCGAGCUGGUGGAUAAGAUCAUCUUGCAGCUGAACCGAAUCUACCCUCAGAUCCUGACUGACAAGGAGGCCACCAAGUUCCGGGAUCUGGAUGUGCCCACGUGUGUGCGACUGUCUGAGCUGCUCACACACCUGCAGGAGAAAGGCGAGGAGGCGUGCCGGGAGUUUUACCGCGCGCUCCACCUGCACGUCGAGGAGGUGUAUUUUAGCCUCCCUACACGGCUCCGCCGACGUCGGGAGUCUGUGGAUCCGGCGCUGGGACCCGCCCCCAGAGAAGCUCAGAGAUACGUGUUAAACGAACAGGGUGAGCCGCAGUCUGAUCAGAUAGAUGUGUCCGUCUGUACAUACCCAUGUGUCUUUCUUUAUAUUCCCUCUCUGUCUCUCCGUCUCUGCGCAGGGCCGCUCUUCUUUCUCAGCUGUUUCAGUGCGGCUGUAGGAGCAGCGUUGAUGUAUUAUCACGGAGAUGUGAAGGCGGCAUUGGGGUCAAGCAGCGCUCUGGGUUUCGCCGCUCUGGGGAUCGGGAGAAGGGUCCGAGACGUCCUGAUCUGGUACACAGAGGACGGGCUGGGCCGAUAACCUCACACACUGUUACGACUUUUAACAGUUUUACACUAACGCCACUCCGUUUGCUUUAAAGUGCCUUACUGAGGUUUUUACAGGAGUGUGUGUGUAUAUAUUUAUAUAUAUAUAUUCUGUAAAUGAUGUAAUGCAAUACGCCCAAAGCUUUAUCUUCUCUCUCCUUUUGAUUAACAGGUAUUUUUGCUAUUAUUUCCACUAGAAAAUCCCUGUUUUAUUGGUGUGUAUAUGGGAAGUCGUAUACAGGUGCGUGCCUUCAAAGGGAUUUUUAAUGCACUAAACCUUUUCUUUAGAAUUCUUUAAAUUUAUUAAAGUAAAAGGAUCUAAGGUGCUGACGAUGCUUUAGGACGAGGUGCUGCUAUGGACCAGGGACACGCCCAAAAUAUCCAUUAGUCAGAUGACAUGUUAUAAAAACAUCACAGAGUUAUUAUUAUUAUUAUUAUUAUUAUAACUGCGGACACUUCAAACGAUGGUCACUGAGGCGAACACUAUGGAGUCGUGUCCGAGGUGCGAGGAACCGUUCAUCAUCAUACCACAUUUAUAUCAGAUCCGUCUUCAUCCGUCAGUCCGUCAUAAUGAGAAUCAGGUUCAGUUACACACACUGCAGAAGGAGUUUGUCUCUGUAAUGCCGUGCAAGCUGUUAGAAAAUUACAGAAAAGCACAAAAAAAGGAAAAAUAGGAAGUACAACAAGAAGAAUAGACACUUAAUGGACAAAAGUAUUUAUCCAAACCUGUUGAAUAUUGAAUUGAAUUAACCAGACCCUUAUCCCCAGUGAAGGACAAUCUUAAUGCUUCAGCACCAAGACAUCUUGGACAAUGCUCUGCUUCUAUGCAACUUUGUGUCCACAGUUUGGUGAAGACCCUUUUCUAUUCCAACAUCAGUGCACAAAGCAAGGACUAUGAAGACAUGGUUUGAUGAGUUUGGUGUGGAAGAACUUUAGUCCACGUAGCGUGUGUGUGCAGAAAGUGUGCAGCAAGUUCCGUGUAGUGUCCACUGUCAGGAUGGGUCUUGUUCAUCAGUGCAUCUGAUGAUGAUGAUAAAAGGGCAGAGAGAUGAAUUAAUCAUUUAUUAUCCUAAUGAUAUGAUUAGAGCUCAUUUAUAACUGAGAGCAGCGCAGUGAGACGCAUCAGUCACUCACAGCUUGUCCCAGUGAACGCUGGUUCCCUCUCAGAACACACCAGGUGACCACAAGGACACAAACCUGCGCUGCACCGAGACGAGCGCGCAUGCAGGCGAACACUAACUCCGACACAGACCACACAGCGCAUCUCACCUGCUCUGGAUCGAACACUACCUGGUCGUUAUACAGUUUAAAACAGCGUGAGAUUAAAGAGAGGAGACUUUAUAUAGAACGUGAUUACAAUCGAACCCUUGCCAGUGAAUAACACACACCCGUCCUGCGCUAAACUCAUUAGUACACACUGCGAUUCCAAGCACUGGGCUCAGACAGCGUGAUUACAGAACGACAUCACUGCUGCUGAUUGCACCGGGACACACAAGCCAGUAAUGAGUGAGGGGUCAUGAGGAGGUGAUGAGCUCCUGCUGCGUCCUGUUGCUCUUUAAUAUAAAACAUGGACGCUUCAGAGUUUUAGCAUAAACACCACCAUGAUGAGAUCGAAGGUUUUACAUUUAUAUUUUUAUACACGUUUGUUCAGACUCUAAUGCAUUUCAGGUAACUGCCGUGAUUGUACACAACGUGUGUGUGUGUGUGUGUGUGUGUGACUGCAGUGUGCCUUACUGUGUUUUUGUACCAGUUUUACAAAACAACAAAAAUAGAGAACAUAUUAAACCAUACAAACUUU